CUGGGCGGACUGAGGCAGCUGGAGGGGGGGCGGAGCGGGGCCCUGAGAAGGAGAACAUACAACAGAUAAUUCCAAGGCAACAUGGCUUUCUACAGCUGUAACAUAGUCCUUGCAAUAGCCAGGUCAAGUUUCAGAGGCCCUCAUCAUCUUGUGCACUCCAGCUGUUCUCCAUAUUCCUCAUCAGUUGCAUUUGUCCAACUAGUGGAUUCUCAUUUAAACCGAAUUUACAUGAAAGACUCUGAAAACCAGCAGUUACUGUACUGCACACAGCUGGCCCCUGGACUAUCUCACCUACGAACUAAAGCAGUGCGAACACUGCACACCUCUGCUUACUGGCAUCGAGAACUCCAAGAUAAAUCUCAGCUGCACCAAAGGACAAUAAACCAGGACACUGAGCAUACUAAAACUCUGUCAGACCAAAGCACAGAGAGUGGUGUGGGGAAAAAGUCUUUACGCCAAAGAAUUGUAGAUGAACUGAAACAUUAUUACAAUGGAUUCCACUUGCUUUGGAUUGACACAAAGGUCGCUGCCAGGAUGGUAUGGAGGCUGCUACAUGGUCAGGUUCUCACUAGAAGAGAGAGGCGAAGGCUACUGAGGACGUGUGCUGAUCUCUUCCGGCUGGUUCCCUUCUUGGUGUUCAUCAUUGUGCCCUUCAUGGAAUUCCUGUUACCUGUAUUUCUGAAACUCUUUCCUGAAAUGUUGCCCUCAACUUUUGAGACGGAAUCAAAAAAGGAAGAAAAACAGAAAAAGAAACUAAGCGCCACGUUAGAGCUUGCAAAAUUCCUGCAGGAGACUAUUACCGAGAUGGCCAAAAGGAAUAAAGCAAAUACGGGAGAGGCCACCAAGCAGUUCUCUUCCUAUGUGCAACAGGUUCGUCAUGCUGGCCACCAGCCCAGCACCCAGGAGAUCGUGCGCUUCUCCAAGCUCUUCGAGGAUGAGCUGACUCUUGAACACUUAGAACGGCCACAGCUGGUAGCCCUCUGCAAACUGCUCGAACUACAGCCCAUUGGCACCAAUAACCUACUCCGCUUCCAGCUUUUGAUGCAGCUCAGGUCUAUAAAAGCAGAUGAUGAAAUGAUUGCUAAGGAAGGUGUUAAUGGGCUAAGUGUAUCCGAACUGCAGAGUGCAUGCAGGGCCAGAGGAAUGCGAUCACUGGGUCUCACAGAGGAACAGCUGAAAGAACAACUCAAUCAGGCAAGUAGGGCCUUGCCUGCUUCUAAAGUCUUGGAACAUUGCAGCCAGAGUUUAUAUUUUACUUAA